CUGCAUCACUUUCCACACCUAUGCUUCUCUAUUGUUUAUCGCUACCAUGAGUAUGCCGGGUUCUUUUGCUUUGCGGGAAAACAGGAGAAAAAGAUGGACAUCAAGGUGAUGUAACAAAGAUUUGAUAAGAUGGCAUUUGAUGCCUCUCAAGCAAUCUCAUUUUCCAUCCCACACCGUUUUUCUUCUUUUGCAACUUUUCAUCAUGCGUUUGAUCCUGAUUACUGCAAUCACAGCAGUCAUUGCUGCCACUUCUUCUUUCUCUGCACCACUACAGGGAAGAGAUACAACGUUUGUCGGUUAUUUUGUUACGCACUUCCUUGGCAAUGAUGAAGCCAUCUAUCAGAGAGUAUCGAAUGGUAACAAUGCUUAUUCGUUCACGUCUUUGAAUAAUGGUAAUGCAGUUUUACGCUCCAAUGUUGGAAUUGAAGGUGUUCGUGAUCCCUACUUAGUCGCUUCUCCUGAACGUACAGAAUUUUGGACUUUAGCAACUGAUCUACAAAUUGGAAAGACAAAUUUUGAUGAGGCAUUAGCACGUGGAAGUAGAUCAAUCGUAAUUUGGCAUAGUACAAAUUUGGUUGAUUGGGAUGCAAAUUAUUUAGUGGAAGUCGAAAUUCCAGAAGCAGGAAUGGUUUGGGCUCCUUCAGCUGUUUGGGAUCCUUCGUCUUCUCAGUAUUUCGUUUUCUGGUCAUCACAAUUUUACGCAGAAGAUGAUCCAAACCAUAACGGAAGUGCAACUUCAAAACCAAUCAUUCGUUAUGCAACAACAAAAGAUUUCAAAUCUUUCUCUGUCCCAAAAGAUUAUGCAAAAGGUGACGAUCAAUUACGCCUAGAUCAAGAAUUCCAAUUAAUCGAUGGAGACAAAACGUUUGCAAGAUUCAUGUGUGAUGACACGCAUAUCUUUCAAGAGGUUUCUUAUGAUGGCUUAUUCGGAAAUUGGCAAAGAAUAAAUGGCGUUGAUGGUCAUAUCAAUGACGAAUUGCGUGAAGGUGCUGCUUCUUUUCGUGAUAAUCAAGAUCCCAACAAAUUUCACCUUUGGUUGGAUAAUUAUACCGGUGAUGGAUAUCAAGCAUAUGCAACCAGUGAUAUCUUUACUGGCUAUUAUUCGCAUGACUCAGUUGAUGGAUUCCCUUCAAACAUGCGACAUGGAUCUGUUUUACCGAUCACGCAAAGUGAGUACGACACCAUCCGAUCAAGACUUGGCAACUAAGACAAUUGGAGAGAAGCUGUAUAUUCUUGUUCCUUACAAAAUUUGUCAAGGUGUAUCUGCGAAUAUAUCUUUUGAAAUGAUCUUAAAGACUGACUUCAAAGAC